UCUUUAUCACAUUUUUGAUUCUUGAACGUUCCGUGCACACGACAUAACCUAAAUCUUGCACAAGUUACAUGAUUAUUCGCAUUUAAUUACAUAAAUAUAGUAGUGAGUGUAUUUAAAAUAGUGCAAAAUGUCGUGGAUUUUUGGUUACGGUAAUAAACAGCCCCAAAUUCCGAAUAUGGAUGCCGGAACGGGGGCUCCUCCGGGGGCUGGCGAAUCUGCCGGAGACGCUCAAUUAUCGAAGGCUGAGAGGAAAGCUAUGGAGGCUUAUAGAUUUGAUUCAACUGCAUUGGAAAGGGCUGCUUCGGCAGCUAGGGAAUUAGAAAGAUCAGCGCAUGCCAAAGAUGCUCUAGAAUUAUCUAAAAUGCAAGAAAUGACUCGACAAAAAGAAUACUCUGUUAAAGUAAAAGAAUACGAAGCACACAUAGAACAAGCAAAAGUUGAACAAAAGCGAAUAGACCAUGAAGAACGGAGAAAAACUCUUGUUGAAGAAACUAAACAACAUCAAGCUCGAGCUCAAUACCAAGAUCAGCUUGCAAAAAAACGUUAUGAAGAGCAAUUGGCACAACAGCAGAGACAACAGGAGGAAAAUUUAAGAAGACAAGAAGAGAGUGUGGCGAAACAAGAAGCAAUGCGCAAAGCUACUAUUGAACAUGAAAUGCAGCUUCGAGAGAAAAACAAGUUAAAACUGCUUGAAGCAGAAUUGCGUGCUAAAGCCAAGUGUGUUGCAACAGUAAUCGUAAAUGCCACAGUCAAAAAUGAUGAUACAAUUGCCCUGAGUUUUCUAUAA